AAACAACUGAUCCCAAACAAUAGUCACUAACGGCACAGCCAAUUCAAACCAUGGUCCAUGGCCCCCCAAAUGGGUUAAUAUUAUUUUAAUCUUAAUUAUGAUGAUGAUGCUAAAAUCUAAACCCAAAAACCAUGUGUGAAAACUCUCUGUCAUCAACCCCAACAAAAGUGGUUAUUUUAGUCUUAAUUCUUCAUUCAUUUCAUUCUCUUGGUUAGUCCCCAGAAGAAGAGUCUUAAUAAACAGACAUGGUUUUCUCUUUCUCUUUCUCACCAUAAACAUAAAAAGAAGAAAAAGAUUAAGACUUUGGUCAAGGAUCACAAUUUUGAUUUCAUAUCUGAGAUGGGUUUUCUUUCCAUUGUGAUUUAUCUUUCUCUUUUGCUAGCUUUUUAUACUUCUAGUCAUGUUUAUGGGAAUUCAGAGCUUGAAGCUCUACUGGAGUUGAAGUCCUCUUUAGACCCAGAUAACAAGUUUCUGAGAACAUGGACUAAAGAGGGUGGUGGUGACCCUUGUAGUGGCUCAUUCGAAGGAGUGGCCUGCAAUGAGCACAGGAAAGUGGCCAACAUUUCUCUUCAAGGGAAGGGACUCUCCGGCAAGCUAUCUCCGGCGGUGGCCAAGCUCAAAUGCUUGUCUGGUCUUUACUUGCAUUACAAUAAUCUGUCUGGAGAGAUACCAAGAGAAAUUUCCAAUCUUACUGAGUUGACUGAUCUCUAUCUCAAUGUGAAUAAUCUCUCAGGUGCCAUACCUUCUGAGAUCGGCAGCAUGGCUAGUCUUCAAGUUCUACAGCUUUGCUGUAACCAGCUGACAGGAGAACUACCUCCGGUAAUGGGGUCCUUGAAGAGACUAAUGGUUCUUGCUCUACAGCAUAACAGAUUAAUUGAUGCAAUACCUCCUAGCAUAGGAGAUUUGGGGAUGCUAAAAAGGCUUGAUUUGAGCUUUAAUAGAUUCUCUGGUCAAAUUCCCUCUAGACUAUCUAGUAUUCAAUCAUUGGAAUUACUAGAUGUCACAAAUAAUUCUCUUUCUGGAGUUGUCUCUUCUGGUUUUCGAAGAUUAAAUGAGGGCUUUAAAUUUGAGAACAAUCCAGGCCUGUGUGGAGUUGGGUUUUCUAGAUUAAGAGUCUGCACAGCUUAUGACUUUUCUGAUGUGGAUGGAGAUGGAUUUGGUGCUAUCAUACCAAACAGAAAUGACAGUGGUGAUCCAGCACACAACCCUGAAUAUGCAAAUGUCAAAGGACAUUGUAACCAAACACAUUGUUCAAAGUCAGCAAGAUUUUCACAGGCUGCAGUUGUUGCAGGGGUAAUUGUAGUGACUAUCACAAUGACUGGGAUAGUGUGUCUGAUUAUUAUCAGAUACCGGUGGCGAAAACAAAAGAUUGGCAGUACUUGUGAUCCUUCCGACGGUCGGCUUAGCAUUGAUCAGGCCAAGGAGGUUCAGUUUCAUAGCAGGAGUGCCUCUCCACUUGUGAGACUUGAGUAUUGUAAUGGAUGGGAUCCAGUAGGAGAUGGUGGAAAUGGACUUGGGUCAUCCCAAGAAUAUCUUAAUGAUUAUAGAUUCAACAUGGAAGAGAUUGAGUCUGCAACUCAAUACUUUUCUGAGGCUAAUUUACUUGGGAAGAGCAAAUUCUCUGCUGUCUAUAAGGGGAUUCUUAGAGAUGGUUCUGCUGUAGCCAUUAGAAGCAUUAGUAUCACUAGCUGUAAGUCUGAGGAAGCUGAGUUUGUUAAAGGGUUAAGUUUAUUGUUUUCACUAAAACAUGAGAACAUUGUUAAGCUUAGAGGUUUUUGUUGCUCAAAAAGUAGAAGUGAGUGCUUUCUCAUCUAUGAUUUUGUUCCUAAAGGAACCCUUUCCAGUUAUCUUGACAUAAGAGAAGGAAGUGACCAAGUUCUUGACUGGUCCAAGAGGGUCUCCAUCAUUACUAGCAUUGCAAAAGGUAUUCAGUACUUACACAGCAAUGAAGCAAACAGACCUGCCAUGGUCCACCAAAAUAUAUCUACAGAGAAAGUUCUCAUUGAUCACCAAUUCAACCCGUUGAUAUCAGAUUCCGGGCUUCCUAAGCUUCUUGCUGAUGACAUUGUCUUCUCAGCUCUUAAGACGAGCGCUGCCAUGGGAUAUCUUGCACCAGAGUACAUAAACACCGGCCGAUUCACUCAGAAAAGCGACAUAUACGCCUUUGGAGUCAUUGUCCUGCAAGUUGUAUCUGGGCAGUGUAUGCUCACAAGCUCAAUUCGAGCAGGAGCAAAAUCUUUGAUAUUUGAAGAUUUCGUUGAUGCCAAUCUGAAAGGAGAGUUCUCUGAAUCUGAGGCUGCUAAGCUGGGAGAACUUGGACUAGCUUGUACUCAUGAACUUCCUGAGGAAAGACCGAAUGUUGAUGAGGUUGUAGAAGAGCUCAGCAAGAUUAGCUUCAGUUUUUGAUGACUUGAGGCUUAACAAGAAACAAGAUAAAAUGUUCCCUCAUUCAUGUAAAUUGGAUAUGGAAAGAGGAGUAUCUUAGAGAACGAGGCUUCCCUUUGAUAGUUGUAAUAAUUUUUUUCACCUUUAACCUAUUGUUAAUUAAUUACAUAAAUACUAUGCUGCUCUUAACUUGUACUAUUAAGAAAAAUAUGUAGUUAGAGAUUACAGUCUCAGCCUUUUAUGUGCUAUAUCAUUUUCUUAACAACAUCAAUAAGAGUAGCUUAGCUACCAAUUAUGUAAACUUCAACUAACAUUAAUUGAUGACAGUUACACGUUCAUGUAUUGCAGCUUGAAAGUUUGUUCUUUUCAACUAAGCUUUAUUUUUCUUUA